UGCCCAUAUGUAAUUGUUUUCAUUGGCCUUUUGAAGCCUGUGAAUGUUUAAUGGGACUUAAAAGUAAAUAAAUAAAUAUUAAAAUUGUGAACUGUGAGGCAGACUACAACCUUUUAAAGGUCUACAAAAUGGCCGAUUCAGACAGUGACUACAAUGUAGACGAUUUUGUUAAGCCUGAUGUGAUACGAAAGCCCAUAAACGAUGACUCCGCUGACUUGCUAGGGAACUUUGAUGAUGUCAAACGUAAAGAGAUAUUGGAUGGUACAUAUGAAGACAAAAUGGCAAGUGAUGAUGAUCGAUUAUCAGGCGAGGAAGGUGAGACUACUGAUGACGAGGAAACUAACACAGAAGACAGCGAUGAUGAAAUGGAAGGGGUGGAUGACAAUAAGCCAAACACAGAAGAUGAUAAUGCGGCGGCAACUCCCACAGCUGGAUAUGUCAAUCCGUUUGGCAAAAAAUCGCUGACCAAGGAUCAAUUGGCUCAGUUAAUGAAGGGUGCGGCAAAGACUAACCGCUAUGUGCUUUAUGUUACCAAUCUUAAUUUUGAAACAACAAAAUCAGACUUAGAGGAACAUUUCAGUGAAGCUGGUUCGGUGAGAUCCAUACGGAUUCCGAAAAAGAGAAAUGGUGGUUUCGCCUUUGUCGAAAUGAAUGAUUUGGAAAGUUUUCAGAAAGGCUUUGAAUUGCACAAUACUGAGCUAAAGGGCCGUUGGAUAAAAGUGCAAUUUUCUGAGGCGGGAAAAAAGAAGUCGGCCAAUAAAAAGAACAUAAUGAAGCAGAAAAAUCGAAAGCUGGCUGAAAUGCGCAAUGAAAAUAAAACAUUUACCAAAAGUGGUAAAUUCUAUGAUAAAACUUUGAAGAAAGAAAAGGCUAGCAAACUGAUGGCUAGUAAAAAAUUGAGGAAAAAGCCUGCAGGUGGUGGGCCACCUAGACCGAAAUAAACUACAACAAUAACUUUAACUAAAACAAUCAAUACUUUUUAUUAAUAACAACUAUUUAAGCCAUCUAACAAUAUAGAAAUUUCGUUUUCCCACU